AUGCAAAUCGGCGAGAAAACAUGUUGCAUCGUCACGGGUGGUGCCUCGGGCCUUGGCGAGACUACUGCCCGCGUUCUGGCUGGGAAGGGUGCCAAGGUUGCGGUCCUGGACAUGAACACCGAGAAGGGAGAGGCUGUUGCGAAGUCUAUCGGUGGUUACUUCGUACAUGUUGAUCUGUUGAAUGAGUCCUCGAUCGAGGGCGCAGUGUCAAAGGCUGUCGACUUCCUCGGCGCAGUUCACGUAGUUGUGAACUCUGGUGGAGGCGGCAUCGCCAUACAGGUCAUCAAUCGUGCUGGCGAACCUCACGAUAUCGAGGCUUUUGCUCGAAACAUCCGACUCAACCUUGUAGGAACCUUCUCUGUGGCAGCGAAAACCGCUGCCGUCAUGGCCAAACAGGCACCCGUUACGGAAGAAGGUGAGCGAGGAGUUAUCAUCAACGUGGCGUCAAUCGCGGCUUUCGAUGGGCAGCAAGGGCAGUCAGCCUACUCCUCCAGCAAGGCUGGCGUGGUUGGUUUGGCGCUUCCAAUGGCUCGAGACCUAGCGCCCUAUGGUAUUAGAGUCAACACCAUCGCCCCCGGAAUCAUAAAAAGCCCAAUGAGUGAUCAGAUUCUGCCCAAGGUGCAGGAACGUCUAUUGAAGACGCAGUGUUUCCCAUCACGAUUUGGCCUACCCACGGAGUUUGCUAGUCUUGUUGUGCACAUGGUUGAGAACUCCUACAUGAACGCUGAGGUGGUAAGAAUGGAUGCUGGUCAAAGAAUGGCUAAGCUCUAG